GUCCUUCAAUCAAUAUAAUCCAACCCUGCCAUAGAACAUGCAAGGGGUAUGGUCUAAGGAUGCUUUAUUUGUGACAAAAUGAAAUCAGUACAGAUGGUCGUAUGCACGGUGCCCUGUCUGGCUUUAUCAGUGCUUCCUAUGAGGGCUAUUCUUAAUCCCUGUUAAUCUCUGUGAAUGAAAGCCUGCCGUCAUGGCUGCACAGAAAGAGAAUCGACUGUCUCCCUGGCGUGUUAAUUUAACAAGAGAUGCACUGGAUCAUUUUAAACGAGGGAGAGAAGAGGACCUGAGGAAGAGUGAGAACCGCAGGAUGCAACUGCAUUGUGACGUCUUGAAGCUCCAACGGGAACAACACCUCAGGGCGAUGCGUCUGCAGCGGCGGUGUCAGGAGCUGACGGAGCGUGAGGGACGGGCCCGGCGGCGCAACCAGCAGCUGCUGCAGGACUUCCAGAGGGCCGAGGCCACACUGGGGGAGAUGGUGGCCCACACCGCCACCAUGAACACCCUCAGGCUGGAGUAUCAGAGGUACCUUGAGGAGAACUCCCCACGCUGGCACCAGCAGCUGAAGGACCAUACCCAGCGUGCAGAAAAGAAGAGGCUGGAAGCGCUUCUGAAAGACUUACUGAAGAGGGAAGAGGAACAUGUGACCGCAUCCUUCACUAGAGAGCGCUUCUCCCCCCCCCGAGAAAACACCCAUUGGCCUCAGAGAGCAACGUCUGAGCCCGAGGCGUUCUGCAGAGCACAUGGCCGCCCGGAUGCCUUCGUCCCCCUGACGAUGCCCUCCUCAUCUUGGCUCACUCAGGCUCACACGUCCCAUGAUGCCUUAUGCUUUCCUUCACCCACCGUGUUCCCGCCACCUCGCCCAUCCCCGGUUCACCACCAAACAUCUCCCCAGACAGGGCCUCCGCCGCGGGGGGCCCCUCAGACCAACGGGACCCCCCCCUCGGUGUCCAGCGAGGUGGGGUCCCCUCCAGGCCUCCAGGCGCCCGGGGCUCCAGGGGCCUUGGCAGGGCCGUCAGGGUGGGGUCGGGUGCUGGGCGGGGGGGCCGAGGCUGGGGGAGGUGGGGAACCCGAUGCAGAGACAUGGGGAGAAAACAGAAAAGGUGGAGGCAAAAGCUCGCCCCAAGAGCUGGACAUUAAACCUGUCCGUCUGUCCAGUGCCCACGGAGACAGCAGUGAUGGCAGCAGGGAUUCUGGAGAUGGAAGGAGCCAAGGAGAGAGGAGGAGGAGAAAGAAGGAGGGAAGACAGCCCAGCAGUUCAGACAGAAAGAGCAGCUCCCAGGAGUCUGCUGGAGCCUCGAGGUCAGACUCUGAGGUCUUCAUCACCCCCACUACGACCAGAGGGCAGAGAACGAACAGAGGACCAUACAGCGGCACGCCAUCAGAGACAGAAAGCAGACGUGGGGGAAUGUCCGUCUGCGAGCGGAGAGCGGAGAAGAAGACACAAAGUGACCCGGACCAAUCGGGGAGUCACCAAGAGAAGAGCUGCAGAACCCUCAGAGUGAAAUCCCAGAGCGCGGCGGGAGAAUCCUCCAGUCACACGACAGAGGAUGAGGAUCCAACGGACCAAUCAGAGGGAAGCAGGAAGGAACGCGGACAGCAGAAAGACUCUGUAAGUGUUAAAGAGAAGAGUAGACGAGAUCUGACCACAGAUGCGCAGAGAACUGGAGAGGAGGCAGCCGACGUCCAGGGAGACCAGGGGGGAACCGACGAAGACGCCAAACACACCGAUGAAGACUCUAGUACUGAGGAUGAAGAAAACCGCCUGAUCGAGGAACGGGAGGAAGAGGAUGAGGAGGAAUCACACAGAGAGGAGGAUAAAGAGGAAGAGGAAAGAGGAGAGGACGAUGAAGGGCAGGAGUCGGAGGCCAGUGGAGAAGAGGAAGGCCGGGAGCAGACGGGGUCCUCUGACAGUGAGAGUGAAGGUGACGCCAUGUCGCGGGCCAAAGAGGAACCGGAGAAUAAGGAACGUCAGGCCGAGGUAGAUGAUGAUGGGAAGGAGCUGGAUGAGGAAGAGGAUGGAGGCGGGGGAGGAGUGUGCAUUUAUCAGCCACAGGAAGGGGAGCCGGAGGAAACGGAUUCAGAUGACAGCAUCGUCUUACCGCAGGAACACAGAUCUAUAAAGGUACAAAGUGUUUCUGAGGAGGAAGAGGCCAACAGUCGGGAGGAGGAAGAGGGGACUGGAGGAGAUGGCUCAGUGGAGAGCUCAGACAGUGAGGAAGAGGAGGGCGAGGACAUUGAACGUCUCGUCGCACCUCGAGCGGAGACGGAGAGUAAACAAGAGAAUGAACUGAAAUCCCUCAACAAAACAAAAGUGGUAAAAGAAGACCCCCAGAUUGAGGAGUCUUUGUUGGAGCAGUCAGACAAACAGGUCCAGAAGGCUGAGGACACAGAUGAUGAGUUUGACCACUUCUAUGAUUGACAGCAGUACGAUACUAAACACAUCAGACCAAUGGCAAGUGCCUUUUGAUCAUAGAAAGGGUUUUAAUUGGGUCGGCUUAGUGGAGGUAGAGCAGGUUGGCUAAUAACCGGAAGGUUGCUAGUUUGAUCCCCGGCUCCUCCUAGUUGAAUGUAGGUGUCCCUGAGCAAGACACCUAACCCUAACUGCUCCUGACGGAGCUGGCUGUCGCCUUGCAUGGUUGACUCCACCGCCGGUGUGAAUGUAUGCAUUAACCGAUAUUGCUUUGGUUAAAUGCUUCUGCUAAAUGACCUAAAUGUAAAUGUCACAAAUUGUAAUCACUAUAAAAAUGUAUUUUUUGCUUCAGCUUUGAAGUAAUCUAUUCUUCAAAGAGCGCUAUGGUUACUUGCUUAGCAAUACUGGCUUCUCUAGAAGCCAAGCAGGGCUGGUCUAUCCUUGGACCGGACCCCAGCUGGCGCUGGCGGAGGUGUUAAAGGCAGAUUCACCCCUCUGGCCUCUCAGGUCCCCAACGACCCAGCACAGAGAAAGGGACUCUGUGGUAGAGCGCCAUCUUUCUACCCUCAUUAUCUAACAUUUUAUAGUGUUAUAGUAUAUAUGCUAUAAUUUAGAUUUAUGAUAGUACUUCCAUACUUAUGUGGGUUUACCUUAGCAUCCAGCAUUAUCAGAUAAAUAAACAGUUUACGUCCUGUUCACCUGGCCACCUGAGACAAAGAUACAUUUUUUUGGGAGAUAUACUGUAAGCAUGUCUAUACGACAGUUGUGGUAUCUCAAAGAAAAACAGAACGAGUAAAGAAAAUAAUUUAUUGAAAAAUAAACGAUUUGGAUUGAUGUACAACACGGCACAGAUCGGUGUGGCCUCAAAUUUAAUUCAGUUUUAUAUAACAAAAAAAAAAUAUCCGGCAUUAAUUCAGUUACAGUCUUCCUUCUUUUUACAUCAGCACACCUUCCUCUGCCUCCACCGUGGG